GUCCUUUGCAGCUCUCUCCUCGGCCUUGGGACCCUCGGUGGACUGCCUCCCCGCCCUCUUGUCUGCUGCCAGGACAUGCGAAUCCUCCCCUGUGCCACAGCAGCCCAAGGCGGAGGUGGCGGCGCAUGCGCUGAUCCUGCUGGAGUUGUUGGACGAGCAAGGCAGUCUGGAUUCCCACUUCGAGGCUGCCUUUGUCCGGCGGUGGCUGCAUCCUGUCUGCUUGCGCUUGGCUCGGCUUCGACAGAAAGCCCCAACAGGCCCUCGCCAAGGCCUCUGGCGCCUCAAUGAGCCCCUGCUGGAGAGGCAGACGAGCCUGGGCCCUGGCCCUACCAGUGUGGCGCUCCAGCAAUUUGCUGCCUUCAUGUCUGACGCUUGGCCGAGUGCUCGGCUCUCGGCACGCCGGGUAUCCGGGCCUGGGCCGGUGUCCGUGGAGCCGGUCUCCCUGAGCCUUGCAGCCUGGGCCGCGGCCGCACUGCGCAGACUCGGAGCCCAGGCCUUGUCCACAAGAGGCAAACCCAGCUACUACGGAGAGCUGGUCGAUGGAGGAGCAACGCCACAGCAGCUGGUGCCAGUCUUC